AUGGGGGAAGUCUUGUAUGCAGACCAAGUGUUCAAAGAAUGUUAUGUCCAAGUAGACGAUGCAUGGUUGGAAGCCAACUUGAUUCCUUUAGAAUUGGUGGAUUUGGAUAUCAUAUUGGGGAUGGAUUGGCUAGAGAAGCGUCAUGCGUCAGUGGAUUGUUUCCGGAAGGAAGUAACACUUCGGAGUCCAGGACAACCCAAGUUAUCUUCGGGGAGAACGUAG